AUGCCUGUCAUCACUCGUGCUGCUGCAUUACGAGCUCAGACUGAUGGUGAACCAACAUAUGCAGCGAAUCAAGGAAUAUCGUUAAAUCUUCCUAAUCAUGAAUUAAUAACUUCUUCGCUAUCGUCAUCAAUUGGCUCAAGUAAACCAACUGUAUCAUUGAUCGGGAAUACAGGAUCAGCAACAGUUGAAAAUGUUAAUAAUGAUUAUCCUUUAGUACCAGUUGAAUUAUCGGAUAAAGAUGAUGAUGAUAUGCAUGCUAGUAAUUCAAAUGGUAUUGCACACAAACCGAUAGUGAAGGGAAGAAUUACUACAGGUACAUUGAUCCGACGUGGUAAAAUGAUUUUUAUGAACGAUUGUGGCUACUUACAUAUGAAUCAAACAAAAGAUACUAUUGGUUGGCGUUGUGUACGAAGAGAUGAAAAUUGUAAAUCAGUAUUUUAUACGUUCAAGAGUAUCGAACAAUUUAAUCAUUGGAAUGGAAAAUUUCAUUUUCAUUCAUCUGAUUUACACGAUACUCGAAAACGUGAAAUUUUGUCAAAGAUCAAAAGUCGUGUUCUUGAUAAAUUUAUUCCAACUAAAGCAAUCAUUGAAGAUGAAUACAGAAAAGCUAAAUUACCGGGUGAUCCAAAAGUUUUGCGACAUUUUGUCUUUUCCAUAUAUCUCAGUACAGACAAAAGAUAA